GCGAGAGCGGGGUUUGGUUCAGUGUGCGUCGGGGAAAAGGAACAAUAAGGAAAAUGACCUGCAACAGCUCGUUCUGGGCACAUGUGUUCAUGACAGCGUAUUUACUAUGGGUCACGGGACGUGUUGCUCAGAAAGUCUACUUUGAUUGUGGAGCGAAGGUGGAUGUUGUGGAUGUCCAAGGCCUCAUCCUGUCUCCUGGGUUUCCCUAUAACUAUUCCUCAGGGACCCACUGUGUCUGGCAGUUCUUUGUGCCCGUCGGCCACCAGCUCAUACUGGAGAUAUUUGACUUUGACGUGUUCGAGAGCCACGACCCCUCUGCCCAGUACACUGCCAUCUCUAACUUGAAAGUGGAAGAUGCUGAGGCUGACGAUGGGGCAACGUACCCGUCUGGCGGUCCGGUCACAGAUGAAAACAUGUCAAUGCUGGCUAAAGACGUCCCCGUAACUCAGGCUCAGGGGGGCAGAGCGAAAGCCCCCCAGUCCUCCUUCCAACAUGACAAGGUCAAGCAGGUGGUGGUGCAAGAGCAGUCCACCAAGAUGGAGAUUGCCAAAGUCUCCAACUCUGCUAAAAGGUCCACCUCUGAUAUUGCAUCCCCACAUCCCCCCUCACACCUCCUACCCAGGGACCAGGCAGCGGUGAACUCAAUCACCUCUCCUCUCCUCAGAGGCGACCCUGACCUGAACCCUACCCCUAACCCCAGAGCAGCAGCCCCAGACCUGGCUGUGGUUGUAGACAAGGCCACCACUCCGACCUCUCCGCCCCCCAUGGACAAUGAGUCAGUGAGCUCUGAGACCCAGGUGGUGGAUGCUUGCCCCCACGACGUCCUCUACAUCUCAGACCUCCUCACUUUCUCCUCGCGCUUCUGCGGCUCCAACCGGCCCUCCAGCAGCCAGCUGGUGUUUGGCUCCAGCCAGGAGAUGGUAGAGGUCAUCAUGGAGUUGAUCACCACCACCCACUGGGGCCGUGGCUUCGCCCUGCUCUUUCACUACCACAACCGGACAGAACCGGAUGGAGAUGACCCCCGGCAUGCCUACGCCCCUGCCGGGGCCAGCAAGAUGGGCUCUCUGCUGGCUGCCAUGAGCGGAGCAGCCUUCUUUGCCAUGGUGCUCACCAGCGCUCUAUGCAUAAUUUUCAGACCGAAACUAUGUCCGAAAAGAGCCAGCUCUUGCUCAUCCAACAACUCUGAGGUGCAGGAGGGAGUGCAGAACUCUGGAGCUGACGUCCGUGAGCUGCAGCUGGUGGCUCCUAAUCAGCCCAGCCUGGAGGUCCCUAGGACAGCAGGGAACGACAACAACCACUCCCUCAGCCUCACACACACAGGUUCCCCGGUCAGUGUUGGUGGUGAUAUGUUUGAGCAUGCUGAAGUGGACCUCUCAUCCAAUGGUCUCACGGAACUGGACUUGGGGACAGAUGAGGUGUUUAUCAUUUCAUCUGCGCCCAGUACGAGCAGCAGACUGCUGUUCUCGGCCCAUACGCAGCGGGAGAGGUUUCUGAGGCACAGUGACACCGGCCCAGGCCCUGUCAGUGACUGGCCCUCUCCAGACCCGGCUGCCUCGCCUACAGAGACCCGUGCUGCCCAGGAUGGCAGUGCCAGCUGUGCCCGACCCCGGCCGCGGGCCUGGAGCGUCCGCACCUUCCAGGACUUCCUCCCUCCACUGCCCCAGUUACACAAGAAGUGGUGCAGUUGGAACUCCACCAGUCCCUUCACUAAGCUGGUGGACAGCGCCCCGUCAGGCUUUGUGUCAGAAUGCCGUGGGGAUGACAGCAGGAAAGUGUUCUCCGACCCCCAGUUGGAGGCCCAGGAUGACAGUAACGCCUCCGACUCCUCCAUGAGUAACGUCUCGUAUCCCCUCACCCUGCCCGCCCAGAGGCAGCGCCGCCUAAACUCCACUAGCAACAUGCGGCGCUCCCGCUUCACCGGGCCCUGCUUCGGCCUGCUCUCUGGGUCCAGUCCCUCAGACAGCACCAAGGCCCCCGGGGGCUCCCUCCUCCAGGCCUCCCCGUCCCAACCCAGUAACAGUACCUCUGGGCAGGGGCAGCCGGAAGAGGGGCAGGGUGGGAAGCGCCGUGAUUUCCCAGCAGAGAGCGACCACGUCAGUGUCCCGGUGUUUGCCAUCUGUGAAGAGGAGGACCGGCAGCCCUUGAUCCUGGCUGAGCACUUGGGGCAUUCCUCCAUGAAUGGAGUGAGUCGGGGGGUGUACGAGGCAAAGGGGCCCGCUGGCGGAAGCCUCAACCCUGGCCCCCAGAGCGCAGCCAAUGGCCCCCUCCUCCAGAGGGGAAGGUCAGAGUGGAGGCCAUGGGGGAGUCAGGCCUCAGGAGGGGCCAGUCCUUACCCUCUCCCUCACGCCUCUGGCUCACACACAGCCACCAAUACUAACGAGUCCGCCUUUGUGCACAGCACAGCCAAUCAGAUCCAGAUGCCUUCCCUCAGCCAAUUAACAGUGCCAUGCAGUGUGACAGGCAAUGUGACCAGUGACAGUCCAGCAUCCAGUCCAUGUGACAGGAGAGCGGACAAACAAAGUAUGCACUCUUGGGUUGGCCCAGCAAAGCAAUAAUUAACUAUUUUUAGUGCCACCUUUGUAAAAUGCAAAAACUAACUUUUUGAUUACUGAAAUCAACUUUUAUAUGGCAUUUCUACAUUCUUGAAGUCAAUUGCUUUAUGGUGACAAACUGGAUGUUUUCAUACACACUAUAUAUAUUUUUAUAAAGUUAAAGGCCCAAUGCAGACUUUUUAAAAUCUUAAUAUCAAAUACUUUCUGGGUAAAAUUAAGUACCUUACUGUUAUAGUUGUCCAAUAAAAUGUUAAAACAUAUACAGAAAUAGCUUUUUAGCAAAAAAUGUCUUUCAUCACAUUCCCAGUGGGUCAGAAGUUUACAUACAAUCAAUUAGUAUUUGGUAGUGUUGUCUUUAAAUUGUUUAACUUGGGUCAAACGUUUCGGGUAGCCUUCCACAACAAGUUGGGUGAAUUUUGGCCCAUUCCUCCUGACAGAGCUGGUGUAACUGAGUCAGGUUUGUAGGCCUCCUUGCUCACACGUUUUUUCAGUUCUGGCCACACAUUUUCUAUAGGAUUGAGGUCAGGGCUUUGUGAUGGCAACUCCAAUAACCUUGACUUUGUUGUCCUUAAGCCAUUGAGAUGUUGCUUCAAUAUAUCCACAUAAUUUUCCAUCCUCAUGAAGCCAUCUAUUUUGUGAAGUGCACCAGUCCCUGCAUUAAAUCACCACCACAACAUGAUGCUGCCACCCCUGUGCUUCAUGGUUGGGAUGGUGUUCUUCGGCUUGCAAGCGUCCCCCUUUUUCCUCCAAACAUAACGAUGGUCAUUAUGGCAAAACAGUUCUAUUUUUGUUUCAUCAGACCAGAGGACAUUUCUCUAAAAAGUACGAUCUUUGUCCCCAUGUGCAGUUCCAAACUGUAGUCUGGGUUUUUUAUGGCGGUUUUGGAGCAGUGGCUUCUUCCUUGCUGAGCGGCUUUUCAGGUUAUGUCGAUCUCGGACUCGUUUUACUGUGGAUAUAGAUACUUUUGUACCGGUUUCCUCCAGCAUCUUCACAAGGUCCUUUGCUGUUGUUCUGGGAUUGAUUUGCACUUUUCUCUCCAAAGUAUGUUCAUCUCUAGGAGACAGAACGCGUUCCCUUCCUGAGCGUUAUGAUGGAUGUGUGGUCCCAUGGUGUUUAUACUUGCAUACUAUUGUUUGUACAGAUGAACGUGGUACAUUCAGACGUUUGGAAAUUGCUCCCAAGGAUGAACCAGAAUUGUGGAGGUCUACAAUUUUUUUUCUAAGGUCUUGGCUAAUUUAUUUUUAUUUUCCCAUGAUGUCAAGCAAAGAGGCACUGAGUUUGAAGGUUGGCCUUGAAAUACACCCACAUGUACACCUCCAAUUGACUCAAUUGAUGUCAAUUAGCCUAUCAGAAGCUUCUAAAGCCAUGACAUAAUUUUCUCGAAUUUCCCAAGCUGUUUAAAAAGGCACAGUCAAUUUAGUGUAUGUGAACUUCUGACCCACUGGAAUUGUGAUACAGUAAAUAAGUGAAAUAAUCUGUCUGUAAACAAUCGUUGGAAAAAUGUAUUGUGUCAUGCACAAAGUAGAUGUCUUAACCAACCUGCCAAAACUAUAGUUUGUUAACAAGAAGUUUGUGGAGUGGUUGAAAAACUAGUUUUAAUUACUCCAACCUAAGUGUAUGUAACUGCAUAUUAAAACGAGAUGUCCGUUCACCUAACAGGGUUGACCUUAAAAUGAGGGACAGGUUUAUUUAUUUUUUCUUAAAAUUAAUCACAAAUCACAUUAAAUAAAUAAUCUUCAGAAAUUACUUUGUCGAAGCAACAAAAUAACUAGUGCUUCACAAUGAUGGAGAACCCGUUGAGAAAGUUUGGGUUUAAGUGGGUAAAAUCUCCCUGAAAGUCACAGAGGGCUCACAGAGAACGCACGAGGGACUUUAGCAAGUCCUUAUUAGUAUAAAAUAAUCUGAUUUAUUGAAUUCUCCAUGUGGUCAAGAUUAAAGGGCACUUCACUGAAUAUAAACAGGCAUUAACGUUAACAUUCUAUUCAAUAUUUGUGAACAAUUUCUACUUAAAAUAUCAAAGGGAUGCAAAAGGCACUCAUUUUGUGGAAUGAAAAUGAGCUGUUAUUAGCAAAGUGUUUUGGAACUCUUUGUUAUUGGUCUAUUUACCUACACCGCCUGGUGAUGUCACCAGGCAAGCCAAAAUACCACCCAUGCAAACCUGCUGAUUUAGAAGGUCCUGUAUAAAUUGUAUUUUCAACCAGCAACUAUCAGGAAAUAAUGCUGAUAAAAAUGUUUACGUUUUUACAGCGUUGGUGAUACAUUCAAUCAGAUUGACAUCCGUUUUGCAUUAUUUUGGCGGAAUCUGAGGUGGAACUGCGAGUUGUCAAAUCAAGCGACUCAUUGCGUUACCUUUUCGCAGACAUUGGAUGCAACGGAACCACACCCGAAUAUAAUCCCACAAAUCCCAUGCAGCCACGUUACAAAUUCAAACUCUCGAAUUGGCUGCUGGGCAUAUAUCCCCCCCAUCCAAAUGAACAUGAAACCAUGCAUUAGCCUCACAUCAAUGGUUUGACAUUUGAGUCAUUAUUUCCACCAUGGACAGAGCCGACACUUUCUAACGCCGUAGGGAUACUAAGGAAGGGAGUGGUUUGUGACACAUAGGAGCAGCUGCUCACUAAUGUCAGCUAAUACAGCAGUUACACAUCCAACACCGCCAAACGAUCUGCUAUGCGGAUGUCGGCCAACGCUCAAAUCCUCAUAGAUUGAAUCCUGGCCUUAUUUUUAUCAGCUGUUGUACAAUAUGACACAAAACACAGGAACAACAGAAUGUUGACGGCAAUGGGCCUUUAAAACAUCAUCAAUAUUUGCUGUUUACCACACAGACAUUUCCAGCUUCUGUAUAAUUAAAAAACGUGAGAAUAUUGAAUAUGGAAACAUUGUUUUUAUUUCCCAUGCCCAGUUCAUUUCCCAACUCCUGUGAGCACUUUUCUACCAGUUAAAGGCUCAGCGCA